GGCACCGAGCAGGAAGCUUGCAAGUCGCCCUGCGGCUUCUUCUCCGGGGUGGAGGCUGCCCGACAUGCCUGUGUUGGUGGAGGGGCGGCGGCUCGACCCGGCUCGGCCCCUCCGGGAGCUGCUGCGCGCCUUCCCGGAGCUGGAGGAGCAAGCCAAACAGUUCCGCAGCCAACCCGCUCAAGCGGUGGGACCAAAAGGACUUCUCUAUGUCCAGCAAAGAGAAUUUGCAGCCACCACGUCCAAAGAUGGUUCCGUUUCCAUCCUUGGUUCAGAUGAUGCCACAACAUGCCAUUUUGUCGUUCUGAGACAUACAGGGAGUGGAGCAAUUUGUCUAACUCACUGCGAUGGAUCAGAUACCGAAACAGAAGUUCUGCUGAUCGUAAAUGCAGUAAAAGUGCUUUCUCUAAGCACGGACUGUGGAAGGUCAGUUUUUUUAAAAAAUAUAAUAAUAAUCCUUUUAAAUAAUCUGGUGAAAAGUUGGGGCAUGAUCAGCAUUUAUGACUCCAAGAAGGAACAACUUUGCAUUGGGCCUUACUACUGGAUGCCUUUCCCCCACGUGGAUUUCUGGUUGGAGCAGAGCAACCAGAGCAUCUUACAGAAUCUCUCCACAUCGCCACUGGCUGAGCCACCGCAUUUUGUGUCACACAUCAGAGCUACCCUGCUUUAUCUAAGAGAGCAUCCAUUCCCAGAUAAGACCCUCUUCCCAACUCAAAAACCUCGCCUCUACGAAAAAAACGCCGAGGGCUUGUGGGAGAGAGUCUCUGGCCAGAUCUAACCCAGAGUGGAGAAACCAGGAGAGCUCUGGAAGUGAAAGUCAAGAAAGGUGUCAACAGACCCUCCCUAGGCCAUGCACCUUUACCUGGCGAGCCCCCCCCCCCACAAAAGACAAUCAGGGAAAACCAGUGGGCUGCAUUUAUGGGAUGAGGGUCUCAACGUCCCUCAAAAUAUCCCGUGUUUUCCAAAACAGGCGGCCCAAUUCGGUGCAAAAUUAGGUAACCUUUUCACAUUUCAUGGAGUUGGGUCCAAAAUUCUCAAGAACAUAAAAUGGGCCUCAGUGUCGUUUGCAAAGGAGGAGGUGGAUCCUCCUUCGUGGGUACUCCCGUCCCUGCUCCGUCACGUUUUCUUGCUUUUAGACGUUUCUUCAAGACCAGCGUCUUAACGCAAAGCCGCCAUUCUGCUUGCUUCAUCGGAGCGAGACGUCCUUGAUAAAAUAUCAGCUGGAGACGCGCAGAACCUUCCUGUGGGCACGUUCUCACGUUGGAAUGAAGCGUGUUCUGGUCCCUGAAAUGGUCCAUUUCGAAGUCGAGACGUGUUCCGGUGAGGUUGGGAUGACCUCUUCCAACAUGACGACGCUUCUGGUAGAGUUAGAACAUGAUUUUGACACCAGAUGUUUCGGUGAGGACCUUUCAACGUAGACAAUUUUGCUCUUCUCUGGAACUAUCUCAGAGGUGUUGAGGGAGCUUUCAAAUGAAGCUAGAUCUUGUUUGUGCCACACGAGGAGAAACCUCUCCAAGCUAAGAAUAGAUGUUUGCGUUGAGGCCUCCAAGAAGUAGCUAAAGAAUGUCGAUCGUGACAUUCUUCUUGGACCGAGGACCAAAUGUAUGCAGGCAAAUAUGUUGGGUGGGGACUUGCCUACAUACCUAUCCUCUGAUGUGGGACUUUGGAGUCUAGUGCAGCUCAACAUAGGUUGUGAUUCUCUUCCGUUCCUUUUUAGAAGUUGAUUUUUUCUACAAUAAAUCUCCAUUAACUAGUCAUAAUUCCUGCAAGAUAAAACCCACGUGGCUUCAGAUGCUACUUUCACCGCACACGGGGUUUUUUUUUUGUUUCGGCUUUUUUUGUGUGUGUGCUGUUAUUUUUCUCCACUGUUCAGCUUCCUCUUCUGUCAAAGAGAAACUGGUAGAAUCUGGUCUGGGAUCUCACCAUUGCUGGGUUCUUUCAGCACCGGAGGAGGUGGGAUUUUCAUUGAACCAGAUCCAUCAAACCAUUGAAUGUAGCCAAAAUAAUAAUACGAUUAAAAAGCAGUCACCGCUUUAAUCUUU